AUGAACGCCGGCGCUUCAUUCAGUCCCUCGGGCAGCCCAGUCGACUUGGCCUUCCGUCCUCCCAUCAUUGUCAUCGAGGACACCGACCGUGUUUACCCAGACUCACCUCCACCGCCGGUGUCGCAGUCUCCGGGCAAAAGUCGACUUAAACGGGUCGUCACGCGUACUUCGCUCAAUACCCUGGGUCACGGGCCGUCCUCACCCUCGUCCUCGCCUCCUCGCCUUGCAGGCAUUGCUCGGCCUCCGGACCGCGCUACCACGACACGCUCAAGUUCCUCGUCUCCUCCAGAACGACCCGAGAGUCUUCCUCAGCUGGACGGCCCCGCGAAACGCGCACCGUUAGAGCAUGCUGGCUCACAUACUGCCGGCUCACAUACACCUCCCGCGCACGCGUCUCCCAAGCGCUCUCCUACAUUCACACCUCGUUUGGAGCCUGUCCGUUUAGAUCAGCCGCAAAUAGACCGUAUCGUCAACGAGGUCGUCGCUCGCUUGCAGCCCGUGCUACAUACCGCACCUUCUCCACCCGCACCUGCUUCACGCUUACCGCAAUCGACGGAGAAUGCGUGCCGGUCUACGCCCCACAACACACCCCAAUCGAUAGCUUCAAACUUAGUAGGGUCGGAACGGCACUCUACGGCAAGCUCCGGCUCUCUACCCGUCCCAACGCCCUACGUCGCCCCCUCUGAGCUCCCACCGACAACGUCCACCCCGCCACAUCUCGACGCUAACAUCGUCGAGCAACUGCGGCUGGCUGCAGCGGAGCGCCGUCACAUUCUGGUGUCAGCAGGGGAAGCCCUGGACAGGGAAGAGCAAGCUUUGCGAAGGGCGCGUAAAGUCUAUGAGCGUGCCGUUCGAAAGGAGCAAGAGCAGAGUUCCAGAGAGACGGCUCAUCGUGAGGAGCGGCGCAACGCCCGAGACGCGUGCAAGACGGCCGAGUAUGCUGUCAAGGCAGCCGCGGUGCAGUAUAAGCAGGCGAGGGUCGCAGAAGACUUGACUCGGAAGGCAUAUCUGGAGAUGGCUACUCUCCGCCAGUCGACAAGUCCACGUCCAGCUGGCGCCAGCAUAUCACCUGUCGCGUCUAGCACGGGAUCACCAGUCACCAGUCACCGAUCGGUAGACGAUGUGCAUGACCGGGGAUCUGAAGGGGCUCAGUCCACGAUUACCGUCACGUGCGGAUCCAAUGAUGGUAGUCCUCGACUUCCCGCCAAGGUGGCCGGCUCCCGCAGGAGCAGUCCGAUAGCAGGACAGAUUCAUCUCGCUGCCAGUCAUGAAACGGGAACCCCAGGGAGUAUGCCGGACGCAGGCGGCAAAAUCGCCCUCAUGAGUCCGCAAGUUGCCGCUGUACUUGGGGAUGUCUUACAGUGCACUGAGAAGCUCCAUGAGCUCUCUCAAUUGCUCUCUCCUGGCCAGGACUUUCUACUCAAGUCACCGUCAAGUGUUCUUGAUACUGUGAUUCAGAGCUUCUCCCGCCGACAGGACACGUUCAUCUCCCAGGUGGUCUAA